AUGCAUAACUUGAACGAGCUGGGUCCCAAGGUCGUCCCCGACAUCCAGGUCGACCUGGUUGCCCCCGUCACGCUCGAGAACCACGCCUUUCUCCAUUCCGAUCGCUUUGCCGGCAUUGGUUACCUUGACAACAAGCAUUUGGGCAUUGCUCUGGGUGUCGCCCUGCUGGUCUUCGUCCUCGCCCUGCGUUGCCUCUGGAACUUUUCCAAGCGAGCCGAGCAGCGUCGAAUGCAGCAGGUGCAACUUCAGGCUGCUGCCGAGGCUCGACGGGCUCGCGCAUGGCUUGGCCAGAACAAGCGCCGCCGUUUGAACCAUCGCUUCUAG